AUACGGUCUUUUGAUAUAUCGGAAUAAGGUGGAAUAUCUGAGGUUUAAUACUAUGAUAUCCAUUCAAGUUGAAAUUAUUUUAUCUUAUCUUUCGUUCGAAAUAAAUUAGUUUAGGAACUAUAAUUUAAUUCGGUUACCAAACCAGCCUAAGCAUAUUUUGAGCAUAUGGGUUGUAAUCAAUGUGGACACAAAGGACAUGAAUCCAAACCAGCCAAGAUCCAUCCAGCCUGGUUUUUUUCAAUUAAAGCUACUUUUUGUCUUCUCAACCACCCAAUAUGUUCUACUACUAUAUGUAUUUAUGCCAAAACUUCACCAUCCUAAAAGUCAACUGAUUAGAUUGCCCAAUUGGGGCCUCAAUUCUCAACAGAAAAAAGAAAAUGUCAAAAGGCCAUAGCAAAAGAGAAAAUGACAGGCUGAAACCAAAUUGAAAAAAUAAAAAUAUGUUGUGAAGGUGUUUUUGAUCAGAAAGUUUGACCAAUAAUUGAGGGAGUUGAAAUUUAAAGCAAAGAAAAAUAUAUAGUCUAUUAGAUAAUAGUAUUAUAUAUGUAUCUGUCUUUAUAUAAUCAAUCUGGUUCCAGUUAAGAACUGGUGACUGUGUCUUUAUCUUAAAAAGAACCUGAUAUGUAGUUAGCUGCAGCCUGCAAGAAGCUCUUUUUUUCCUCAACUAAGUAGUCAUGGGAAGCAGUCAAUUCUUGAUCAUCCUUCUGUUGAGCUUUUUGCUGAACUUUUGUCCUUGUUAUUCACUUCCUCUGUGUACUGAUUCAAGGGCUCCUCUGCCUGAAAAGACUUCACUGACAUUCUGCCCUUAUAAUGGAACCUCAUGCUGCAGCCCUGGUGAUGAUAAGCAAUUAAAGACUCAAUUUGAUGCUAUGAAUAUUGCUGAUUCUGGUUGUGCUUCUCUUGUGAAGUCCAUCCUCUGCGCGAAAUGUGAUCAAUUUUCAGCAGAUCUCUUUAGUACUAGUUCUGCGCCUAGACAACUUCCUAUACUGUGCAACUCCACAACUUCAGCAAUUUCUACGCAAUCUAGCCAAGCUACGAAUGACUUUUGCACUAAGGUAUGGACUACAUGUCAAAAUGUGUCCAUCAUGAGUUCUCCCUUUGCUGCUUCCUUGAAAGGUCAAGCUCCAACACCUGUAAAGUCCAAUUCCACCAAGUUGACGGAUCUCUGGCAAUCACAAAACGAUUUCUGUAAUGCAUUUGGAGGAGCUUCUGGUGAUGGAUCAGUAUGCUUUGCUGGAGAACCUGUUAUCUUAAAUACCACUCGACCUUUAAGUCCGCCAGGCGGUUUGUGCCUUGAGAAAAUAGGAAAUGGCAGUUAUCUCGAUAUGGCUGCUCAUCCUGAUGGCUCUAAUCGUGCCUUUUUCACGAAUCAGCAAGGAAAAAUAUGGUUAGCUACAAUUCCAGACGUUGACUCUGGAAAGAUGUUAGAGCUUGAUGAGGCCAAUCCUUUUCUGGAUCUAACUGAUGAGGUUCAUUUUGACACUCAAUUCGGUAUGAUGGGGAUUGCAUUUCAUCCAAAGUUCUCACAAAAUGGCCGUUUCUUUGCUUCCUUCAAUUGCGAUAAGCAAUCAUGGGCCGGAUGUGCAGGAAGAUGCUCUUGUAACUCGGAUGUGGAUUGUGAUCCAUCAAAACUACCUAAUGAUAGUGGUACCCGACCAUGCCAAUUUCAAACAGUUAUUGCAGAAUUUACUGCAAAUGGGACAGCGUCCCAGCCUUCAGAGGCAAAAACUGCCGGCCCGAAAGAAGUCAGAAGAAUAUUCACCAUGGGCCUUCCUUUUACCGGUCAUCAUGGUGGUCAGAUUCUUUUCGGACCUAGCGAUGGAUAUUUGUAUUUCAUGAUGGGAGAUGGUGGGGGUACUGGAGAUCCUUACAAUUUUUCCCAAAACAAGAAGUCACUGCUCGGAAAGAUUAUGAGACUUGAUGUCGAUAGCACACCAAGUGCUGCGGAGAUUACCAAGCUUGGUUUAUGGGGAAACUACACCAUUCCAAAGGAUAAUCCUUAUAUUGAAGAUAAAGAGCUGCAGCCUGAAAUAUGGACACUAGGAAUGCGAAAUCCUUGGCGUUGCAGCUUUGAUUCUGCAAGGCCAUCUUACUUUAUGUGUGCAGAUACAGGCCAGGAUCAUUAUGAAGAGGUGGAUAUAAUCACCAAGGGAGGAAACUAUGGUUGGCGCAUCUACGAGGGCACCAGACUAUUCACUCCUCCAAAAUCACCUGCAGAAAAUACAUCUAUGAUCAGUUCAAUAAACCCAAUUUUCCCAGUCAUGGGUUAUAAUCACUCUGAUGUAAAUGAGAAUGAAGGAUCAGCCUCAAUCACUGGUGGAUACUUCUAUAGGUCCACCACUGAUCCUUGCAUGUCCGGAAGGUAUCUGUAUGCAGACUUGUAUGCAGGUGCUAUGUGGGCAGGCACUGAGAGCCCCGAGGGCAGUGGAACAUUUAACACGACGGAAAUUCCAUUCAAUUGUGCUGGAAAUUCCCCUAUAAAUUGUGCCUUCGUUCCAGGAAGCACAGUUCCAGCUUUGGGCUACAUUUUCUCGUACGGUGAGGAUAACAAUAAGGAUGUAUACCUCCUAGCAAGCAGUGGCGUAUACAGGGUUGCACGUCCCAGUCGAUGUAAAUACACUUGUUCUAAGGAAAAUGCUACUGAUAUUGCUACUCCAGCUCCUGCUACUUCCCCUCCUUCAGCAGCAGUCGCGUUUACAGGUUCAUACAAGAAUUUAGCAGUACUCCUGUUGUCCUUUUGGUUGAUGGUGGUCAGCUGAUAGUAACUUGAUACUGGGAUCCUGCUUAGGCUUUUAAUUUUGUUAAGUAGUAUUCUACAUGCUCACUCAACAAAUAGUUAUUAUCUCAAAAAGUCAUCUCCCUUCUUGAUUUCAAUCUUCUUCAACAAAGAAAGUGACUGAUUUUAUGCGAUAACAACUAUUAGUUGAGUGAUCGUAUGAGUAUCAAAUCCUCUUUUCUCUUUCUUUCGGUUCAUUACAUGAGUAUUGUUUUGUGAUUUUUUUGGCAAUUGGAUGUAAUGCACAAUGGUGUGAAACAAUUUGUGAGGAUUUUCACCUAAUUUUAAUUACUACUAAUGAAACAAAAUGUACUUAUUAACA